GAUGGAAAAUAUAAACAUUGGAAACGAAAUGCACAAUCAAUUCACAUCCAUACGUCGCGUAUUCAACGUCGUCGCGAACAAUUAUAUGCACUUCGUAUGGCAUUCAUUCGUGCGUGUUGUGUAAAGAUUGAUUUUUGGUGUUGUUAAUAUCGAGGCCAAAUUCUUGAUUAUUAUUGGAUACGUGCAUACAGUAUACCUAUUGGUUUUGCCUGUGGUCCUAAUUCCUUUCUGGGGAGAAAUUCUAUUUGAGGGAUAUGAUGACAAGGUGUGACGGGUUGUGUGGCCAAAUUUGUGUUUUGAAGAUGGUAAUGGCACGGUAGAAUGUGGACAAGGUGAAAUUUAGAACGGAUUUAUAAUACAAAAAGUUAUUGGUACAAUCUUGUUUUAUCGGUCUAAAAGGGUGUGUUUUUUCAUAAAGUGAACCUGCAAUGCAUAUGUGUAACUAGUCAUUCUUAUCAGAUACUGAUAAAGCUAUUGUGAACUGGAAAUAGUUAAUUCCGAGGGAAAAUAAUUGUGAGAGUAAUUUAAAAGAGGAAAAAGCUCAAAAGUUAAAUGUGGAUGGGAGUAGCUCUGCUCUACUCUGUAUAUGGAGAAAGUAAGCGAACAAAAACGGGAGAUAAUGUCACGCCGCAUAAAUCUUAUCGGAGUUUGUGCCGUCAGUGGUUUGUGUAUUUUGCUGCUUUUUGCCAGCCACCGGCUAACGUCCAACAAUUAUGCGACCGAGUAUUUUAAGCCGCGGGAGCGCAAUGCCAAUCUCCGUCUGCUGAAUGCGCACAAAUUCUAUGGAAUGAAAACAUUCAGCGCGGCUUCAUCGUACGACACGUACCCACCCAUACCAACGCCCCAGAACUCCACAGUCACGAUUGACGAUGUCCUCAGCUAUCAGCGAUCGCGGAUAGCAGACGAAAUGGCCGAGUUUGAGUAUCCGAACGGACAGUACGAUAACAAGGCCACCAAGCUUGCCGAUCUCACACCGGAAACGAACGGUCAACCGAUGCGGAGUAUCAUCAUCACAACGUGGCGAUCGGGUUCCACCUUUUUGGGGGACAUUUUGAAUGCGAUGCCCGGUAACUUUUACCACUACGAGCCACUGUUGGACUUUGACAUAGUUCAAAUACGGGGCCCUCCGAACGACCGGAUAGCGAUACACAAUCUCAAGCAUUUGCUGAACUGCGACUAUAGCGAUAUGGAGAACUAUCUUGAGUUUGGCAAGACACACAACUAUCUCUUCAGCCACAACACCCGACUGUGGCGCCAUUGUCGUCUGUUUCCGCACUUUUGCUACGAACCAAAGUUCCUGGGACCAUUUUGCAAACUCUUUCCACUGCAGAGUAUGAAAGUGGUUCGCCUCAGGGCCUCGCUCGUUACGCCACUGCUGGAGGAUGAAAGUCUGAACGUACGCGUGAUCCUGUUGAUUCGGGAUCCCCGAGGGUCGCUUCAAUCCCGCAAACAUCGCGUGUGGUGCCCUGGCCGACCGGAUUGCGACCAUCCACCAACCGUGUGCAACGAUAUGCAGCUCGAUUACGAGGCGGCUGUCGAGCUGACAAAGCUCUAUCCCACAAGGUUCCGAGUAAUCCGAUACGAGGAUCUGUCGUUGAAUCCGUACCAGAUGACCAAAGAAAUUCUCAAAUUUUACGGUCUACCGUUCGAUCCGGCCGUCGAAGCAUUCCUCGACACUCACACUAAGCUGGACAUUGGUGGUGUCAGUUCAACCUUUCGCGACUCAAAGUCGGCCCCAUUCCACUGGACAAAGGAUCUCUCUUUUGAGGAGGUGAAGAUAAUUCAGGACAGCUGCGUGGUUGCGAUGAAAUCCUGGGGAUAUAAAAACGCCACUAACGAGCAGAAUCUGCUCAACUUUGAUCCUCUACUUCCCUUUAGCUUGUCGUGAGAACCGAGUAAGGGGCAUAACACUAGCUGAUCGGAUGUAUAAACGAGUAGCUCCUAAUAACUCUCUGGAUGGCUCUCGAGGUGGCAGAGAAAAAGUGGUUGAUUGAUGAUUUUCGGAGCAUCCGCGUAUAUCCGAUAUAUUGUAACAGGUGUAGUACUUGUUCGUUUUGAACGAAAAAAAGUGCUUGAAAGCAUAUUGAAGAAAUAUUAGUGUAAAAACAUAAGCAUCUGUGAUGAAUUAGGUAAUUUAGUAUGAGUUAAUUUAAUGUGACCGUUACUAUACACGUGUUCCAUCGGAAUUUUUUGCAUUGUUACUUCGGGAUUUAGAAAGUAAACGAUGAUAUACUCCUAUGUUGCAAAAAAUACGUUGCAAUGGUUCCUUUCCGGUUUUUUUUAUCGAUUACCAGGUCUGACUGAUCACUGAAGCAGGAGAAUCCUAAUCAACGUCAGAGUUUUGGCAUAUUUAUCCUAAGAAAAAUCCGGUGUUAGUUAGGUAAACAACGAAACAGUAACUCCUUGUUGACAGCAAAUCCUGUGUACAUUUUUGAAUUCUACUUACGGAUCUUUGUGUUAACGUGUUCGUUCAAAUCCACUCGUCGAUGGAUUUUUUUUCUUUCACUUUCGAUGCAAACGCAAUUGUUUUCGAGCAUUUACUAUAACAUUAGUUGGUCGAAUUUGACGGCCAUAAUCGAUUUUUAAAGUUUCCUCUUUUUAUUUCUCGAAUCUAAUUCGCGAAACAUAAGAUCGCUUGCAAAAACGACUUCUUAACUAAAUCACAUAUCUGUUUUCCAUACACGAAUAUAGCUCGCAAGAUGUUCGGUGCGCAGUAAAUAUCGCGCGAGCACCAGUAGGAUAAUGCAACAUAUCGUUAAUAGGAAUCCGUAGAAAAUAAGUAGCUGUUCGUAUCGAUUUUAAAUUAUUUAAGAUUACUAGCGACAACAAAAUAAAAAUAAUCCAUUAAUAACCCCUUUUGAACAGGGAAAAUUUUUUGAUGCAAAUUUCAGAACUCGUAAUAUUGGCAAACAUAGAUAGUUAGGUUGUUUAUGAAACCGACAGUUAAAAGAUACUAAACAUGAAGAAAUUAGAGUGCCUUUCGAUCUGACGCAGAUUAUUGCAAGCUAGUAGAUAAAUACGAACACGAUAGUGCAGAGAAGCACAAUUCUUCAGAAUACAAUACAAACAGGAACAAACAAACACUGAGCAAUCUUACUAAUGUGGCAGAACGGAACGCUCCUCAACUUAUUUUGGAAUAAUCUACUAUUUGGAGCGGGAGCAUUCACGGUUUAACUAUUUGAAGCAUACUUUCUUCAGCACUGCACCGAGCGAGAGAUAUACACUAGAAGAAGAAGCAGUCUUUGCUUAUAAUCAGAUACUAGUUUUCUAUGAGAGGAACACAUACAGUGAUUGCAGCCUACUGACUGUACUGAGGUUUUCGGAAUACUUUAGAAUAACAUUACUUAGGAAUCUUUAGGUAGUAGAACCAAUAACUAACAAUAACUUAUUGAAACAAACGAAUACGACGAAAUGAAUGAAGCACAUGCUCAAACAUUGGAAUA